UUGUGGUAAUAACAUCUUUAACUAGGCUCGAGGGGAUAUAAUGAAGGUCCAUUUCAUUUGCUUUUUGAUGUUCUGUUGUUAUGGUUAUUCUGAGGGAAUUAAUAAUAGCAGUACACCUGCGCUGAACGGGUCCCCUUCGAUAACAAAGGCUCCUCUGAAACUAGAAUGCAUGACGGAAAAACAAUUUCGAGGACGGUGUGUGAAGCCGAGUCAGUGUAGGGAUACAAAAGAUGAAGAUGAUUUAUUGAAUCCCUUAAUACCAACUGCAUACAGAUCUCCACUAGUCUGUGAAGAUUCGAAGGUAUGCUGUCCAAAGAAAUUAAUAAUAGUAGAGUCGCCUGUCCACGAAGGGUGUGGUUGGAGCUACUUUGAAGCUCAUGAGGACAGGUUGUUCAGUGAUUAUGCUAGUUUUGGAGAGUACCCUUGGAUUAUAGCUGUAUUAAGGAAAACUAGUGAUCCGUUAGUCUGGUGGCAAAACGACUAUGUGGCGGGAGGCACAUUGAUCCACCCUUCGGUUGUGAUGACAGCAGCGCAUAAAGUAGUCAAACUGGAUCCGAACGAGGCUAAGUGUCGAGCAGGAGAGUGGGACAUCAGCUCAACAAACGAAGCACGUGAACAUCAAGAUAGGAAUGUCAAAAAGAUCAUCCUGCACGAACAGUUGCGUUUAAAUGAAGGAUACAACAAUAUAGCCCUUCUGAUCCUCGAGCAGCCGUUCGAUUUAACAAACAACCCACACAUCGGGAUUGCGUGCUUGGGGUCACAAAUGCCACCAACGGGCACAACCUGCAUCGCUGCGGGUUGGCACAUGCAUUUCAACAGCAAGUCAAGCACGUUAGCAGCUGCGUUAAGAAGAGUACAGCUGCCUAUAUUUGACAAACAAACAUGUCAGGUAGAAAUGAAUAAGUUUAACCGACUGCGUUAUUGGAAAAUACACGAUUCUGUAAUGUGCGCUGGCGGUAUGGCGGGCGCUGACACCUGCACGGGUGAUAGUGGUAUGCCAAUAAUCUGUGAGGUGCAGAGUGACUCAGAUUACACACGGUAUGCAGUUUAUGGAAUACACGGAUUCAGGAUGCAGUGUGGACGCAAGGAUCGUCUUCCAGGAAUCAAUACUGAUGUAGCUUAUGAGUACGACUGGAUCAAAACGAGUAUGACUAGAGAGGGCCUCAACGCAACCACAUUUGAAUAUCAAAUCCCAGAAUAGAAGAAAUUAUUGAAAAUAUAUAAUAAGAUGUCUUACAGAAACACAAUACGAUUGCUUCGUCAGAUAGAGCGUGGAGUAGCGUCAGAGCGCUGUCGCUCCGUCUGACGAUAUAACAACAAUAAAAUUUAAUUUUUAGUUUUAUAGUAUUGGCAUGCUUUAAUAAAUGAGAAAUUUUGAAAGAAUAGAAAAAAUAUGAUCACGAGGCGGGAUUCGAACCCGCG